AUGAACAUGAAACAUGUGCUGAUGUUGCUUUUCUUUUGCGCGGCAAAUGCAAAUGUAAAUGCAAAUGUGCUUAGCAAGAAUCCCAACAUUUUAAAGUUUAAAGCGUUUAUUCUUCGCGCGCAAAGUAGCCGGUACAAAAUUUUAAACCUGCACAGCCGCAGCAUUAAAAGGAUUAAAGAAAUCCAAAAGAGUGUCAGGACCAACGUGUUCGUGAGCAAGCAAAUAAAGGACUUCUCUAAAAGAAUAGACGCCUUCAAGCUGCACCUGAUCAGCACCCCCGCCCUCUCCAUAGUUAUCAAGUAUUUUAAAGAUAAUGUAAACAGCCUGAGGUUGUCCGCUUUGCACUUCAUAAGAAUAUACAAAUUCGUAAUUUACAUUAGAUGCCUGCUGGAGUGGCUGCCCCAAAUCAACCCCCACCUCAACCCCUUUUCGUACAUUUUCACCUACACGAAUAGCUACGUCCAGUUUUUCCAUAGAUACGUCCCGAACGUUUUUGGAAUAGACCUGAGUGGCGUCUUUUCCUGGCUGUUUCUCGAAAUGAUAGAGAGUUAUUUGUCUUAG